AUGGACUGUAUGAGUUUAGUGGCCAGAUCGACAAGUCGCAGGUCCAGACCAGCCGAGUCGAUACAAAUACCAAGGUACCGGUCUUUCCAAACAUCUGGCUCCUUCACAAACGGGAUCAGCCGCGUGAGCGCCUCUAAGAAUAUCACUUCUUCAUCCACACCUUUGACACAAUUGUUGUAUAUGACGGUCAGCUCGUCGUUCAGUUUCUGGUCUUUGGACUUCAAAGUCCCCACAAGCUCCUCGGAAACGCUCACGACCCGUUUCACAGAGGCGUCUGGACCUUGA